UGAGUCAACUUCAGUUGAGUGUAAACAAAUUAUGUUAGUAACUUUUAAAAGUAACUGAUAUGCACGUUAAUGUUCAAUUUUUAAUCUGAGCCAAGAUUUGAAUUAGGGAUUUUUUUAUAUAGGUUAUGUUUAAUGUUUUCCAAUUUGACAAAUAAUGGAGAAUGGAUAAUAUUUAUCAACAGAUGUAAGCAAUAAUUUUGGAUAUGUGUAAUGAGUUCUCAAAUCGUCUUGGUUUCGCUUUGCGUUAUUCGCAUUGAAAUUGUUAAUCCAAGUCAAGAAGAAACAAUAAGUAUAAUGGCUGCUAGAAAAAUGAGAGGACGUAGAGAAGCAAGAGAUAUUACUUUAGAAAACUACUCGUGCACUGCAGAAGGGCCAUCCCCCUUUUUAUCUUCUCAAGGAUCAAGCAAACCUCAUUUAUUACCAAGAACCAACUCUGAAGAUACUUCAUUUACAACAUGUACUUCAGUAUCAACUUCUGAAGGUACAGAAAUAAUUGGAGCUACAGCUUGUUCUCAAUCUGAUCAAAUCAAUUUUAUUUCUGGAAAUCCUUUCGUGGAAGUUACUAAAGGAAUAUUACAUCUUUUUAAAGAAGAUGAAUUGACUGAAAUGCAUAAUGCAGCGGAUCGUAGUCAUACCAUAUGUAUGCUGUCAGUUCCGGCAACAAUGACUUGUCAUGAUCUUUUAACAUUCACAGCAGCUUGCCAUCAAGACAUUCAGCAUGUCAGAAUUUUACGGGAUGGUAAUCCGAAUCAAUACAUGGCUUUAAUUACAUUUCGUUCUUCGAGUGCUGCUAGUGAAUUUUAUGGAACUUUUAAUGGUGCACCUUAUAAUUCUUUGGAACCUGAUGUGGUAUGUCAUCUGGUGUUUGUGUCAAAAGUUGAAGUAGGAGAUAAUGGUAUGCCUUUAACAGGUCAUACAGAAUUGCCAUCAUGUUCUGUUUGUUUGGAAAGAAUGGACGAAAGCGUGGAUGGUAUAUUAACUAUAUUAUGUAAUCAUACAUUUCAUUCAAGUUGCCUUGUAAAGUGGGGUGAUACAUCAUGCCCAAUAUGUCGUUACGCUCAAACACCAGAACCGCUUGCAGAUAGUCACUGCAUGGAAUGUGCUGCAGGAACAAGCAAUGAAGCCUUAUGGAUUUGUUUAAUAUGUGGUCACAUUGGAUGUUCUCGUUAUCAUCAGGGACAUGCAUUUGAACAUUAUCGUGAUACUCAUCAUUGUUACGCAAUGCAAUUAGGCAACAAUCGUGUAUGGGAUUAUGUUGGUGAUAAUUUUGUUCAUCGUUUAUUGCAAGAUAAAGAUGGCAAGAUGGUGGAGGGUGGACAAGCAACAACCAAAAAUGAAGGCGCUGCUAUGGAAGAGAAAGUUGAUUCAGUUCAGUUAGAAUUUACAUAUUUAUUGACAUCUCAGCUUGAAACACAGCGGCAAUAUUUUGAAGAUAAAUUUAAUCGGUUGGAGCAACGUUCUUCAUCUGAGACUACAGAAUUAAGAGAUAAAUUAGGUCAAUUAAUGGAAGAAAACACUAAGUUUAAGAACCAGUUUACGUUACUCAAUCGAGAAAAACAAUCUUUAGAAAAACGUCUACAAAAUACUACGAAUAAAUUAGCACAAGUUCAAUUGGAACUAAAAGAGGAAAAGGAAUUAAGAUCAUCUCUUCAAUCUAAUCAGAUAGCAUGGCAAACAAAAUAUAAAGAAUUACAAGAAGAACUGUCAGAAUUAAAAACUACUAAAGAAUCUGAAAUAAAAGAAUUGCAAGAACAAGUACGAGAUUUUAUGUUUUUUUUUGAAGCUCAAAAACAAAUUGAAAAUUCUGCUAAUAGAGAUGAGAUAGCUGCCGGGCAAAUAGUUAUUGCACCAAGUUCUAGUGGUAGUAAACCAAAAGGUUCUCGUUCUUCGAAAAAUCAUAAAAGGCAUUAAAAUAUUAUUACGAAUAAAAAACAUUUUUUUUUUUUUAUAACAUUACUCAUUAUCAUAAUAAAAGCGCAGAUGUGAUUAACCAUGUGAUUAAAUCAUAUUAUGUUUAUAAAUUAAAUUUAAAUUUAAAAAAAGCUAUAUUAAAUAA